UUUGCAAAUGACUAGCUAUUGAAAAGAGAGCUGACGAGAUUCUACAUUACAGCAGACGUAAAGUUUUGUUUUGAGGCUAGCAAUAUAUCACAUUCAUUUGCACUUUAUCAUAACACUCUCAGUUCGUUCCUGGCCUUCAGACUUGACGGCAUCUAGUGUAGGACUUUUGAUCCAGCGACAACAUUAUUAAAAUAUCAACGUCCAUGGAUCUGGAUAAGAGGCCACCACCAGACAAAACCAUAAUCAACAGGAUUAUCAAAUCAGGUGGCCGACUCCUACCCGGCAUGGUGCCUUUCAACAAUGUUCCUGAUUCUGACCAACAGAGUGGAGAAGAAGAGCUCACUGUGCAGGACAGUAUUGUAGACUUCGUGGAAUGGUGGCUCUCAGAGGAACCCUGGAAGGAACUUGAACAUCCUAACGCAGAGAAAGAUGAUGCAAAAACCUUCACACAGAAAGCUGAAAAUCUAAAAAAAGCUCUUUGUGUGUUUGUUCACCUCCUGUGUGAGCAAGGAGCAAUUCUGCAGGACUACAUUAAAGAACUACAGGAAGUGGCUGAUAAAGCUGACAAGGAGCUGAAGAUGGGAGGCAUUACCGGGGCAACUGUAGUGGCACUAGGACUGGCGGCUGCUGUCGGAAGUGUCAUAUUUACCCGACUGACCGUGAGGAGUUCUGUAGCAGUGGCUGCAGUUGGGGUUGGAUUUGUAGCAGUCGGAGGCUCAGCUGCCAUUAUCAACAAAAUCCACACCAAUGUGGAGAGUAAGAAGGUGGAGACAAUCCUCAAAAAAUACUCUACUCAUAUAGAGGAAAUUGAGAGGUGUGUGAAGUUCAUAGGCAGUAAUGUGGAGUGGCUGAAGAAAUACGACCUGUCCACAUUGAAAUGGCUGCCUGGAGUGGUACAGGUGGCUGAAGACAGUGUAGGAGCGAUCACCCCAAUCAGUAAAUCCUCAGGUCUGAUCCAAGGCUUCAUGCUGGGCAUGGACAUCUGUUCCAGCAAAGACAACUCUGAGCAGCUGAAGAAGUGUUCAGAAACCAAAUUUGCCAAGAAUAUCCGCAUGCUGGCAAAGCAGACGCAGGCCAGCCUUGAGGAGCUAAUGAAGUUUAAAAAAGUGGUGGAAUCUGCUGGCAUAUAGAACACGAUUUGUUCAUAUAUUGGGGAUUUUGGUAUUAUAUAGUGUACAUUUUACUACUGAAAUUUGGAGCCCAGUUUAAUGCAUUAAUGGUAUAAACCCUACAAUAAACAUGAUGUGUUAUUCGAGGAUAUAUUCAUUUACAGAAGCAUAUACCUGCAGGUGGUCACACAAAUCCUGUAAUCCGUAUCAUUAAGUAUAUUUUCAAACCUUUCAAGUGUGAUUUGUGUUUCUUUAUUACAUAAAUUUAUCACUUAAAUUUUCAGAUGUCAAUGUGGUAGAGUCUUUGUGUUAGUGAGUUUCCAAAAAGAACACAUUAAAUUAUAUUCUUAUUUUAUCAUUUAUUAUUCAGUUUACCAAGAGUUGAUAGAGCAUAAUUUCUACCAGAGUACAAUAGCUAGUCUGAUAUGAAAGUGCCUUUUGUAGCUAGUGACUUUGCUAAGCCCUGUUUGUUAGCAUCAUGAUAGACAUUGCUGUGAACCAAGAUUAGCCACUUCACUGUGACUUAAAUUGAAAAAAAUGGUUGUAGGGUUCAGGAUACAUAUAUGUAGAGGGUUAAAAUUGUGCAUUGCACUUUCACUCCUGUAAAAGUUAAAUUAAUGCUCCUGGCAUUGUCUCUUUCUCCCACGUCAAUCACUAUGACACUAGCUAAACGUGGGCGUCUACGAGUUCAUUAAUGUGGAAGAGGGUAGAUAGCACUUUACUGCAAGUGUGUUACACUGCCCUGUGACUCAAUAGUUUCAAAAGAUGCGGUUGGCAGUCUUCUUGUGCCUACCUCCUCCAAUCUUACAUGAACAAAAAGGAAGAGGCAAGGGGGUUGUAGGAAGUGUUUUGGGGACAAGAGAAAUAGAGAAUGAAACUGCCAUUAGUGGUAGAAUGAAUACACGUUCUUCUCCAACUAAAUGUGAUGUUGCAUUUUAGCCAUCUGUGAAGAGUAGGUUUGCUGGACAAUACUUGGAUGAGAAGUAGUGUUGCUAUGGCAAUACUGACAAUACUGAAGGUGGGGCCCAUGCUAUUUACUGUUACUGACUGAGGUGAUCAGUGUAUUCAAAAAUAAACAUAGCUCUUAAAGGUGUGACUGAUUUCUGACACUUUGAGGCAGGCUUUAAAUAAUAGUAAAAAUGUUUGACAUGCAUGAGUCAUGGGGUG